CCCGAGAUCAGCCCAGCCCUCCUCGCCGGGAGGUUUCUGGCCUCUCCCAGCUCCCAGCGUUGUGCCAGUGCCCCUUCUGCCCCCCUGCAGUAUGGCCUCUAUUCCUCCUUCAUGGGCUGCUUCGUCUACUUCUUCCUGGGCACUGCCAAGGACGUGACGCUGGGUCCCACGGCCAUCAUGUCCCUGCUCGUCUCCUCGUACGCGUUCCACGAGCCUGUCUAUGCCGUCCUGCUCGCCUUCCUCUCUGGCUGCAUCCAGCUGGCCAUGGGGCUCCUGCACCUCGGAUUCCUUCUGGAUUUCAUUUCCUGCCCUGUCAUUAAAGGGUUCACAUCGGCUGCUUCCAUCACCAUUAGCUUCAACCAGAUCAAGAACAUCCUGGGGCUGCAGGGGAUCCCGCGGCAGUUUUUCCUGCAGGUGUAUGAGACGCUGCGGAGGAUCAGGGAGACCAGGUCGGCACCUUCCCCACUCCCUCCCCUGCAGCUGUGGGGUCUCAGGCUCUGCCACUUCGCUCCUCAUCUCUAUGGGUGGUCCUGCUACUGUGCAUACCCCUUCCUAAGGCUUGGAAGUCCUUGGCAGCUCAGAUACCCAUCUCCAGCCAUCCCUCCUGCUGCCCUGGGCUCUGGGCGGGUUUCCAGGGUUGCUCUCUCCUCUGCAGCACGCAACGCCCUCGUCGUCCUGUUUGCUGGCCUGGUUGCUUACUCCUUCCAGGUGAUGGGCUCCCAGCCCCUCACGCUCACGGGCAGCAUCCCCCGGGGCCUCCCUGCCUUCCGGCUGCCGCGCUUCUCCCUGGCAGCACCCAACGGCACCGUCCCCUUCCCGAGCAUGGUGGAGGACAUGGGGGUCGGGCUGGCCGUGGUCCCGCUCAUGGGCCUGCUGGAGACCAUCGCCAUUGCCAAGGCUUUUGCCUCGCAGAAUGGUUACAGGAUUGACCCCAACCAGGAGCUGCUGGCUCUGGGUGUUGCCAACAUCCUGGGCUCCUUCGUCUCGUCGUAUCCCAUCACAGGCAGCUUUGGCCGGACGGCGGUGAACGCGCAGUCAGGGGUCUGCACCCCUGCGGGAGGGCUCGUCACAGGUGCCCUGGUCCUGCUCUCACUGGCCUACCUCACCUCGCUCUUCUACUACAUCCCCAAGGCGGCCCUGGCCGCCGUCAUCAUCUCGGCCGUGCUGCCCAUGUUCGACGUGGGGAUCUUCAGGACGCUCUGGCGGGUUAAGAGGCUGGACCUUGUGCCCCUCUGUGUGACGUUCCUGCUCUGCUUCUGGGAGGUCCAGUAUGGAAUUGUGGCUGGGGUGCUGGUCUCAGGGAUUCUCCUGCUCUACUCCAUUGCCAGGCCCCCAAUAAAGGUGUCGGAGGGGGACGUGCUCCUCGUGCAGCCGGGGAGCAGCCUGCACUUCCCAGCCAUCGAGUGCCUCCGGGACACGGUGUGCAGCCGUGCUCUGGCAGCAUCUCCACCACGCUCCGUCAUCCUGGACUGUUGCCACAUCAGCAGCAUUGAUUACACGGUGGUGGUGGGGCUGGCAGAGCUGCUGCAGGAGCUGCACAGGAGGGGCCUGCUCCGUGCUGGCACAGACCUCAGCCUCAUCUCAGACACGCAGCUGCUGCAGGAGCUGCACAAGCACGGCCUCUCACUGGCUUUCUGUGGCCUGAAGGACCCCGUUCUCCAAGUCCUCCUGUCCGCCGACUUAGAAGGAUUCCAGCAUUUCCCCAGCCAGGAGGAGGCAGAGCGGUGCAGAGGAGCAGAGCUGUGGGACAGCAGGACCGACCCCUUCACCAGCACCACCGAGAGCUCGGGGCUCAUCCAGUGAGUGAGGAGUCACCAUUUGUGCUGGGGUUGAAUGUCCUGGGACACCCCAGUGACAUCAACACCCUCUGCGGGAGCCGCCUGCCCCUGCCCAGCUCCUGGGCAGCUGGGGAUGGACUGUCCCCAUGUCCCACACCAGGGAGGGCAGAGCAGCACCAGCCCAACCCCACACAGGCUGAGGUGAGCACUGGGACCAGGGGUCUGCUGGUCCCACACCUGCCCCCAGCCCCAUGGGGCUCUGGCACCUCGCCUACUCCACAGGUCGAGGGCAGGCACUCCCUGGAAGGGAUCAGUGGGACAAAACCAUUCCCUGUCCCGGUGAUCAGUGCAAAGCUGUCCCUCCUUCACAGAGCUGCUGUCUUUUUUUAAUCCACUGUUUUAAUUCUGGACAUUUUUCAUGUUCUGGGGCACACCGACGGCGUGCUCUCCUCAGAGAGUUUCAGGGCUGCUGGCGCUGCCCUCCAGCCCGAGGGCAUGUGACAGCUCAGCAAAACAUCCGGGACUGAUCCCUCGUUUGUGGGUGUUGUGCCAAGCGCUGCCCGGGGGCAGGGCCGGGCUGUCCCCCUGGGGUGCAGCCUGUUACAGCAGCCCGGUGGGGCUGGGCAGGGUCGGGAGUUGAAUUUUCCUGAGCAGCCCUCCGCUGGCACCCAGCAGGGAGGGUGUAAUAAAUCA